CGUCGCCGUCGCCGUCGCCGUCGCCGUUCAACUGCGGAAGAUGAGAAAUCAACUACUGGGUUUUUGCGAUACCGCGUGUCUUCGUGAGGUAGGUAUUUCUAUUUGGUAGUGCGCAAUUUUUGCGUUUCGCGUUGGCUUGGCUUCUCUUCGUUGGUUGAUGUUUGGCGUUUGGCGUUCGUAGUCUUGGUAGUGAUUGUGAUCGUGGUCGUGGUCGUGGUCGUCGACUCUUACGCUGGAUAUCGCUAUUCCAAAAGUGCUGCACUGUUGCGGAGUUGGUUGGUUUUCGACUUGGGUAUCUGUCUGCGCUUUGCGAUGUUUCUCUCUCCGCGGAUGUGGCAGUGUGACGUGUAGUCGUGUACAGCAGCGACGGCAACGGCCGAGUAUGAGUAAGCUUUUGCGCUUUCGCUUUAGUUGCGAUUCGUUUCAGUAAGUGUUCGCUCUUGGCUCGCUGUUCGCGGCGACUCGUAAUUCGUACCUACGACUACGAGUAUACGUAUAAUGUUCGAAUAGGUGCUGGCGUGUAUAGCACGUGCGUGGUAUCGUAUCGUGUCGUGUCGUGUCGCGUCCUGCUCGCGUUCGACGUGUUUUUGCGUCGAUUUUCACUUUUUCAGUCUUAAUUUAUUUUUCAUUUUUCAUUUUUCAUCGUCGUCGUUCUAUCGUCCCAUUUGUACGUAGGCGAGCGGUGUAACGCUUUAUUUGUCGGUAGGUGUCAGUGCAGCUUACCGCUUUCUUCGCAGCGCAUCAACAAUUACAUCGAGCUCGCGUAUGUGACUAGUUGGCCGGCGCGGUGGCCCGCCAGCUGGCCGGCCAGCUAGCUAGCUAGCUAGCUAGCUAGCUGCUGGAAGGCGUGCUAUCGGCGAACGUUUGGUCGGGUGAUUAGUGGAAGCGGCUGCGAUAUUCGGACCGACAAUACCCGACGACGACGACGACGACGGACAUGAUGGCAGGAUAUCAGCGGCUGCGGCGGCCAACUGGGAUGCGGAUUGUUUCGGUUACGAUUUCGAUUGCCGUUUGCUUGUUGAUUGGCGUACGCGUACGCGUAGCUAGCGGCGGCGGCUCGUGCUCCGAGGCGAAACUAUGUUGUCCGGGAAGAGAUUCGUCUUGCGUGGUGCAGAAAACGCUGCUGAUGAACGCCGUCGACCAAGAUUCCAACGAGAAACCAUGCUAUUGCGAUCACGCUUGUCUCAAGUUGGACGACUGUUGCGACGAUUUCAAAAAAUCGUGUCACGUGGUCGAUUGUCUGGUAUCGGUGUGGCGCAACUGGAGCGAAUGCGACGCAAACUGCGGCACCGGAAUCACGUGGAGAACGCGAACCAUCGUCAAGCAUCCGCUCAACGGCGGAAGACAUUGCCCAUCGUUGAUACAGAGGCGGGCUUGCCUCGGAACCAGCUGCGCUCAAAAUCCGAGCAGCGCGCUCAAAGAAAUAGCUAUGCUGUUACCGGCGCAAUUUUCCAAACUCACCAGUAGCCGUCGCAGUGGUCCGUUCGACUUGCAAAACGACGUGGCUGCGCAAAAUCGUAAUAAUAAUUUGUACUGCGUUUUAUUUCGAGUAGUCAAAGCGACCAAAGCGUGCAAAAAAGAGUCGCAUUUCUCGGCGUUGAGCGAAGGUGAAAAAGUAUGCGUGCAAUGCGACAGCGAAGCGAUGCGGCCGUCUCUAGGAUAUCGAUGUGGCGGCCACGGUACCAUGGAUCGAUCUACCAGCUGGAGCGCCUUGUCCGCGCCUCAUUGCCACGGCAAAUGGGUGCGAUUGCGUGUCUCGCUAGCGUCGCCGUCGCCGUCGCCAUCGCCGUCGCAACAGCAACAGCCACAGCCAGCGCAGCUUCAGACGAGCUCUUGGUCGUCCGCCGCAGACCCGCUUCCGGCGGAUCCUUGUCGUCGUCUAUGUGCCGAAGGGCCGCGAUACGUUUUCGUAUAAUUCUUACUCGCGUCCAGACCUACCUACCUACCUACCUACCUACCUACGAGUAUUUUAGAUCUUAGCCAUCAAACCACCACGCGGCACGCGGCACGCGCCGUUCAUCUGUUGGUUGCUCGGAAUCGUAAUAUGUACUACGGAUAUUCUACGUACCAUGUGGGUUGUUAUACUUGUUGGUGUUGUCACGACAAAUCUGUCGAGGGCGCGGCGCGGCGCGGCGUUGUGCAGAAUUUCCGCUACGUACCUACGUUUACUUUUGCCGUUGCGGUACCUAUUGGCUAUUUAAACUCGAAUACUUACGUAACAUUUUUUCGCGUCGUAAGUAAUUGAAUUUCUUGUCGUCGUCGUCGUCGUCGUCGUUGUCGUGUGAAAACCAAAAUCCAAAAGUUUGUUUUCGUUUUUCUUUUCAGUCGAGUAGUUCGGAAAAAGUUUCUUUUUCUUUACAGAGAAAAAAGAGAGGAAAAAACAAAACAGAACAAAGACGAAAAGAAAUACAAACGAAGCGUUUUAAGUAAUUAAAAAGUAUAGCCGAUAGCCGGUAGCCGGUAGCCGGUCAAAAACAAUAUACUCGUACCGCGUACGAGUACAUGAUCGAUAACGUUGAAAAUUGACGUGGAUGCGAAAUUGCGUAACGACGCGACGGGCGACGAGAGCCGAGGCAAAAAGUUAAUUCGCGAAUUUGUGCGAUACGAGUACUCAACUACUUACCUACUAGGUACGUACGUACUUAGCAGACGUUUGACUGUUUUGAGAUUUAUCGUAGGUACCUAGUACCUAGACCUACGUGUCAAUUGUCAAUUCGCAUUCGCAUUCGCAUUCGCAUUCGCAUUCGCUUCGUGUUCGGUGUUGUUGUGUUAACGAUUCUGUUGGUUCAGUGUUUGCUACCAAGUGGCAAGUACCAAUCUGCGUAUGCGCGCGUAUGCGUAUAUGCGUAACCUGUGUAUUAUGUUUUAUGUACUACUGACUAUUGUAUUACCCAUCGUAAUAGCAAUUAUAUCGUUAUCUACGCUA